UUUUAAACUUUUUUUAACGUUUUUUACCCUGGUACAGAUAAACUUGAUUGUGCAACUUAUAUAAGCCACUUAGGAGACAGUAUAUGUAGGAAAUACAAACUUAAGUUUAAAGCAUGGAACAAGCAGACGGUAUGGCACAAACAGAUUUUAAAGGAAAAAGGGCGUUGGUUACAGGAGCCGGAAAAGGUAUUGGGCGAGCAAUAGCAAUUAGAUUAGCUAACCUUGGUGCUAAGGUGUUUGGGAUAAGCAGAACACAGUCAGACUUGGACAGUCUUAAGAAGGAGGUUCCAUCUAUUGAGACAAGGUUAUUGGAUAUAUCAGAAUGGGAUAAGACACGAGAAGUGGUUGAAAACCUUGGUCCAAUAGACCUUCUUGUGAACAACGCUGGAAUAAUAAAGCAUACUCCAUUCUUAGAGAUUACCAAAGAAGAAUUUGAUGAUCAUCACAAUAUAAAUUUCCGGGCCGCAUUCAACAUUUCUCAGGUGGUUGCCCGGGGAAUGGCUGAACGUGGGAAUGGCGGAGCUAUUGUUAAUAUUUCCAGCAUUGCUGCUAUUCGUACCACCGCUUACCAUACGAGCUAUAGUCCUUCUAAGGCUGCCCUUGAUAUGAUGACUUCAUCAAUGGCGCACGAGCUUGGCUGCAUUCGUGUUAACAGUGUUAAUCCUACAGUGGUGAUGACAGAACUUGGAAAGAAAGUAUGGGGCGAUCCUGUUAAGCAAGCGGCGGUUCUUUCACGAAUUCCUAUUGGACGUUGUGCAGAGGAAGAAGACAUCGUAAAUGCGACGGUUUUCUUGCUGAGUGAAAAAUCUUCAAUGAUCACCGGCGUUACCUUACCUGUAGAUGGAGGAAUGCUAAUAGACAUAAUGUGAAAUAUUCCUAAACAUAUGUGUGAAAAAAAUAUUGACAUUUAGUGCUAUGUAAGCUUUCC